CGCGCACACAAGCAGUUUGUAAACAACAACAGCUGAGCCUGGAAAUGAGCCAUUUUACGAGACGUUUCGGAUCAGCUGAUCGCUCAUUUCAUGAAUGAAAAUUUGACAGGAGGUUGCGCCCAAGCCCGUGUUUUACGUCGCGCGCGGUGAAUAAUUUCUUAAUUUUAUCAUUAUUGUGAAAGAAAUUAUUCAAAAUGAUCAAAAGACCGUCCAGUAAGGACAGCGAAAAUGACAUCCUCCGGAUGCAGCAGGACUUUUACGCCGAGUCGAAUCGAGAUGCCGCGUUUCAACCGGCCGCCAAAGUGGUGCGUGUCCUGCAGGAAGACGGCAAAUCUCAAGAUGGGGCACCGGCCGGAAAGGUGCCCCGACAGUCGGAAUUCGCUCGUCGCCGCCAGCUACAGAAAGCUAGCAAGGAGACUACGGCACCGGUGGAGAAACCUGCCGUUCCGGAGAACACAAUUAUCGGAGAAAUCGUUGAGAAGCCCUAUGAUGAGAAAGUUUUGCCGAUGGAAAUGGAAGAGGCGGGUAGUUCGACUGUGGAAGCCUUCCCAAAACCGAUUCAUUUAAAAGUGCUUCCCCGGGGAAGUGGCCAAAAGAAAAGUUUAUUCGCCCAGAUGUUUCACAAAGAGGACACCAGUUCGGACACUUCCGCUGGAAUGGAAAGUAAGAAUGCAAAGGUUCAUCUUCCCGAGGAAAGUGUAAUCCUCGAAGGGUCAGACGCGAUGGAAAUCCACGAAGAGAAUCUGGAAAAAAUGAAACAGAUGGACGAAAGUGAAAUCCUGAAAGAAAGGGAACAUCUGAUGAGCACUAUGGAUCCCAACCUCGUGGAGUUUCUAAAGGCCAGGAAGAAAGGUCCGGUUCCGAGUCAGACGAAAGCUCCCGAACCGAUUCAAGAAGUGGAAGAGAUAACCACUGAAGCUCCGAAUUUGGACGUAUUUUGUCAGAAAGGAUCCGACCAGUGGAUCAAUUUCGACAUUUUGGAGCCGGAAAAGCUCGAAUGGACCAAGAACAUCCAGAAGAGCCUGAAGGAUCUCAAACCGGGUGAAACCUUCGAGGCUCGGUUUGACUGGAAGGGAGUGCUCCAGCCGUAUGUGGUGAAACAGGAAGACCAGAACAAGGACGACCGGGAAUUGUACUUGCAUGGAGAGGAAGCCGAGCGUCCCGGAUACACCCUCCAAGAACUGUUCCGCCUGGCUCGAGCCAAUGUCCUCCAGCAACGCAUUUCCGCCCUGAACGCCAUCGGAGGCAUCCUGAACAUUCUCAACCAAGGGUUCUAUGACGGAGUUCUUGAACUCCCGAUCUCGAAAAUAUUCUUCUUCCUGAGAUUUGCCUUGGACGAGAACACACCAGCGGUAGUCGAGGCGGCCUCCCGAGCCCUGGCUAACCUCUUCUACAACGACACGGAUGAAACGUUGCUGGAUACGAUCUACGAUACCGAACAAGGGAUCCUCCAGCCGGAGCUUGGGCUCAAUGUUACGCACAGCCGAACGGAGGAAGAGGAACAACGCCAGAAGGAGCUGGAAACGGGAUUGGGUUCGUUGAAGCUGACCGGUGGCAAGCAGGCGCAGAAGGCCACCCGUAAGGUGCACUUCUCCGCCGAAGUCUUCGACGACCCGGACGACAUCAACAAUCGGGAAACGAUGAACGACUUCCACCUGGCAGAAACCGAUCUGCUAGAGUGCCUUCUCCGAACGAACAUCCUAGAGCGGAUUCGGUACAUUCUGUUCUCAAUGCGACCCGAAGGAACCACGGUCAUAAACUGCACGAAGCUAUUGAUUCGCCUCGCUCGGACCAACGAGUCGAUGGCGGUGAAAAUAGCUUCCAACGAGCUGCUAAUGGGAGGUUUGAUCAGUGGUUACUUGAGCUCUGCGGUUGAACCGGUAGAGGGCAAGCAACUUCCUCCGCAGCAUGUGGUCAUAAAGUUGCUACGGGUGUUGUGUUCCUAUGGUGGUGAUAUGUACGAGAGAUACCUUGCGAGGUACCAUGUGACCAGUUUGCUGAAACGGCACGUUUUCAACCGGAGGGACAUCAAUGUAACAUUGAUUCAGACUCAGAUUGAAACAUUCCGAUUCAUGCGUUUGAUUCUGAAGAUCACUCAGAAUGACGAGUUGUAUUGCGAUAUGCAUCCGGCGCUGUUCUACCUGCUGGAGUGGCACUACCAGCAUCUCGUCCUGGAUGAAAAUGGCCCGUUCAUCAUCCGUCAGCACUGUGCGUCCUUGUUAGCGCUAAUUGGCUACGACCGGGUUCAGCAUGUCGCCACCGGAUUCACUUCGCAGAACUGGGAUCGCCUGUUUGCCUGUUUCAGCAAGUGGUUCAACACGGCGGCCAAGUACGGUGUUAAUGAGUUUUCCCAGAAGUUGCUGCUGGGGGCCUGUCUGGAUGUGGCGGCCAAGGUGCGAACCCUCGCCGGCAGUUUCUAUCGGAGCUUUUUCGACGGUUACUUUGGCGCCUUUCUGAAGAGCAGCAAGUUGGACGACCUGAUGAAGCAACUGAGCCACUCGCCGCUCUUCGGCUUCAGCUCCGGCAUGGAGGAUCGCAGUGAGAAAAUCGCACCCCUUCCCAACGUGGGUGGCGUUCUGACGCGCCCCAAUCAACCCACGGCACCCACGCUAAUCCUGACGAAAUCCUACCCCAUAUUUAUGCUCCACUCGAUGCUCGGCUUGUUGCGUUCCCAUGCCGAAUGCGACGAGCUUCCACUGCGGCGUUUUGUGAACAAUAAGUGUCACCACAAUUAUCUGGCCAAACUGGCCGCCAUGGUUUCCGGGCAACAAUCGGGAAAAUCUGUACCGCCGGCCAUUAAGUCGACGAACUGGUUUCUGAAAGGCGAAUUGAAUUAUUUGCUCGAUGUGUUGGCGUUGCUGGUGAAGGAUGGUCGAAAUCGCCGUUGCGGUGCGAACAAAGGACCAAGCGUCCCCUUACGACACGAGGGCGAUGACCUUGAAAUGGAGAAACCAGACGAACAAUUGACUUCCAGUGAAACGACACAACCCACCGACGAUGGGCGAUUACUACUGCCGGUGGCAUUCAAAGUGCUUCUGCAUCUGAGCGAGGAGUUCUAUCCUGCCAUUGUGCGGCUGUUCGAUGAGAUCAUUUUCGUUCGAGAUUUUUAUCCCAGUCAGUUGGGGUCGGUUGGUAACGGAACGGUCACAGCUGAGGAACUGCAGCGCUGGAAAUUCAACUACAAGGUGAAGCUGAAGUCGCUGGUAAAACGUGAGGAAAAUUCAUCCGACCGUCGUCACAACAAUUACACAGUUACCGAGUGGCGCACCCCACUCCUUGCCCCGACGUGGCCCUACUCCUUGCUAUAUCUGCUCCUGGAGAAAACCGAGCAAGGAUCGACCAAACUGCAGUACUACUCCGAAGAGCAAAUCAUCAAAACGACGCUCCAAUUCUCCGAACUGUUGGAACAGAACUCCAUCCUGCUGGCCAGCGUCACCCACCGGCUGAUGUAUCUGAUGACGGCCUUCCUGGGACCGGAUGCCAAGUUCCUCGACGGGGACAUUUCCACGCUCAUAACACGCCGGAUCGAUGACUUGCGCGCCGAGAUGCUGCGGAGUGGCGAACGGUUCGACUUCGAUGUCCGGCUUGAGGAGCGAAAGAGUUUCCACGGGCUGUACCAGCUGGUGUUGGACAUUUUCCAGAGUUCAAGCUACGGUCAUGCACCGUUCAGCGCUUUGGUGAUGGCUCCGUUGGCCCAGUGCUAUGACAUCCAGUGGCGGAACUUGGUGUGGUCGGAGCACGUAGCCGUUUUGCGAUUUAUUACCUGCAGCGAGCAACAGCUCUUCGGGACAAUGGAAGAUUAUCUGCAACCAGUGGAGACAGAUGUAACCCUCCUCAAGUUCUACAGCCAAGCAUUGAACUCGAACCUGUUGCGCCCGGGGUCCAUUCCCGCUCGGAUAGCAACACACCACCUACAGGCGUACCGUGCAAAGACCAACGAAAGAAAAGCUUCUAAUGAUGCUGACAGAUAAACGGAUUCUAACAUGA